AUUUGCCGAGGUAGCAGCGUUGGUGCGUUUUGCAAAAUAAUACUACUUUGCAUUGUUCUUCUUAGUAUUUUGCAAUUAACGCGAUGCUGUUCGCAAGAACAGAAGUUUAUCUGGCACUGGCGACGGGGUUUGGGCAGAGCGUUUGCUGCUGAAGGAGGGAGAUUGAAAACACGAGCAGCAACUCACCUGAGCGCAGCUCUCUCAUCCCCCAGACUGCAAUGGGCCGAAAAAAGAUACAGAUUAGCCGAAUCCUGGACCAACGGAACCGGCAGGUCACCUUCACCAAGAGGAAGUUUGGCCUGAUGAAAAAAGCCUACGAGCUCAGCGUCCUUUGCGACUGCGAGAUCGCCCUGAUCAUUUUCAACAGCACCAACCGCCUCUUCCAGUACGCCAGCACAGACAUGGACAAGGUUCUUUUGAAGUAUACCGAGUACAGUGAGCCCCAUGAGAGCCGAACCAACUCCGAUAUUCUGGAGACCCUGAAACGAAAGGGCCUGGGGUUGGAAGGUGCAGAAGUGGAUCUUGUAGAAGCUUUGGACCCGGCCGAGAAACUGAGGCAGCUUGGUGAAGGAAUGGACCUUAGAUUAGCACGACCCAAACUUAGCUCGGCAGCUUCCCUGUCUAGUCUCGAGGGGGCAUCCGUGGGAACCCCCCCAUCUGGAGGCGAGGGUGGGGCAGGCAGUUCAGGAGAAUCUCCUCUUCAACAGAGUCGUCCGCAGCAGUUCAAGCCAACUCCUCCCAAGCCCACCUUCCCUUCAGUGCGCUCCCCAGGAACUCUUGGACCGGGUAUCGGAUACUCAAUCUUCUCCCAUAGCAACCUCAGCCGUGUGUUGUCAAGCAAAACUCCUCCUCCACUCUACCUGGGGGCUGACUCCCGUCGGGUGGAAGGACACCCGUCUGCAAGCAGGAACAGUCUAACAUCAGCUCGCACGUUGUAUCCUGGGUUUCAGAACCUGAGUCCUGUAUUGCCCGCUGGAAGUCUCCCUGGACGUGGGCUACCAGGUUACUCCUUCCUCUCCUCCAGCCCGUCAGAAUAUACUGUGGGGGAAAGCACCGCACACCCCUUUGGCUUCCAAGGAAACACCACGGCCGUGUGGCAACACCGAGAAUAUCCAGUGCCGGGAACAGCGGGUCAGAUUUGUGACCAGACUACGCUAGCCCCCGGCUCACCUUCCUUGCACGCACAAAUCAGUGUGAAGUCGGAGCGGGCUUCCCCCACCGCCAGCUGUUCCUCGGCUGCUCCCCAGCUCUCCACAUCUGUGCGUUCCAACCUUUGCAAUGUCCCCAUGGACCUCCAUCCACAGGAAGAUUAUAUCAAGGGUUAUCAUUACUCGUUCCUUCUCUCCAGGCCUCUGGCAGAAGAACAGAAGCAAUCCAGUGUUCCCUCCCAUCGCCUGCCGCUGUCUGCUACAGAGGAGUGGCAGAAAUAAUCAGGAGCUCAGCUUGUCCACAUGUACUCAGUGGAUGUGGCUGUAUGUUCGAGUGUGCAUAUGUGCAAGAGAAAAAGAAUGAAUGCCCAUCCAAAUUGCGUUCACCUGUCAAUCGUAGCGGGGCCAAAGUAGGGAAACAACUGAUUGCAGAAUUGUACAUGCAAGAAAAGCCUCUUCCCCAUAAAAGAAAAACUCAGGGUAGAACAGAGAGCAGGUUAU